UUUGUGUCGCGCGAAUUCGAUAUAUUUAACAUUAUGUGGCGUUGUUAAUGGAACAGACAUGAGAUAAAGAAAACUACGCGAUGAAUGGCAUGAUGCGUUAAAAAGAAACAGAGGAUUAUGUUUAAAAUCGUUCAGGCCGGCUGUUCCGAUUUGUGUCAGUGUCAUUUUGUACCGGCCGUACCGGGUAAAUACGUUCAUGAUUUGAUUUUGACUUGCUUUGAUUUACACACGGUUUACAACUUAUCUGUUACACCGCGCAAGUUUGUGUUUAUAAUAGUUAAACAUAAUUUAAAAUGAGUCUUUGGGUAGAUAAACAUAGACCGAGAGAUUUAAUGAAACUAGAUUAUCACAAAGAUCAAGCAGUUCGAUUGAAAAGUCUUGUGCAGCAAAGUGACUUUCCGCAUCUUCUUGUUUACGGACCGUCAGGAGCCGGAAAAAAAACACGUAUCAUGUGUUUACUAAGGGAACUUUACGGUUCGGGCGUAGAAAGACUACGGCAAGAAACAAUGAAUUUUACGACACCAUCCAAUAAGAAAAUAGAAAUUAUGACUGUAAGUAGCAACUACCACAUUGAAGUCAAUCCAACUGAUGUCGGUAUUCACGAUCGGGUUGUUAUCAUGGAUUUGGUGAAGCAUGUUGCUCAAACUCAUCAAAUUGACUCUUCAGGUCAAAGGGAGUUCAAAGUUGUCAUAUUGAAUGAAGUAGAUGAUUUAACCAAAGAUGCACAGCAUGCAUUACGUCGAACCAUGGAGAAAUAUGUCGCUACUUGUCGUCUUAUCCUUAUUGCAAACUCAAUUUCUCGUGUCAUUCCUGCAAUUAGGUCUCGAUGUUUGACUAUCAGAGUUCCUGCACCUACGGAAAGUGAGAUAGCAUCUGUGCUCCAAGUAGUUUGUAAAAAAGAAAGUUUGAAUAUACCUAUGGAGUUAGCCAUGCGCAUUGCCAAAUCUGCUGACCGUAAUAUAAGGAGGGCACUGCUUAUGUGUGAAGCUUGUAAAGUCCAACAAUACGCAUUUACAGCAAAUCAAAAGAUACCAGAACCAGACUGGCAGCAGUUUAUAAGAGAGACAGCUUCAAUGAUAUUAUCUGAACAGUCUCCAAAAAAGUUGUUGGAGGUUCGUCAAAAGCUAUAUGACCUCAUUAUACAUGGAGUACCACCAGACAUGAUUUUUGCUGGACUGUUGAAGGAAUUGGUACGUAACUGUGAUAUGGCAAUGAAAUGUCAAAUAGCCAGUCAUGCAGCAGACUACGAACAUAGAAUGAGAUUAGGCAAUAAACACAUAUUCCACCUUGAAGCCUUUGUUGCUAAGUUUAUGGCUAUCUAUAAGAAGUUUGUUGAAGAAUCUAUGGGUGAUGCAUUUUAAGUAUUGAGUGGGAAAUAAAACCAUGUGCCUGUUUUUACAUUUAAUUAAUUAAAAAUAAUUUCCAUUGUACAAUAUUUGUCUUAUUAAAAUGUCUGAUAAUCAUUAAACUAUGUUAUAAC